GGUACAUUGUACAUAGUACUUUCCUUAUAGAAGUGUGUACAUGACAUGACAUACAUAUAAGUUGUAGGUAUUUGUAUAUAAAAACAAAUAAAAAAAAAACAAGCAAAUAUCUCCCAUGCACAAGAGCUAUCACCCCCGGGAGACCUGCCCCUUCCAGAAUUGACAACAUUGAAAUGAUACCACCACAAUAGGUAUUCGUACCCGAAACCACACCUAUCGGGCGUAUUUCUAGGAGUACAGAUAGUCCUGGAGCCGCUCUUCCCAGCCCUUCGAGCGCGAUUCUGAAUCCCUCCCUAACCAAGAUUUUUAUAAUUUCCAUUAUAGAUACCUAGGUAUUAGUUAGGUAAGGGCACAAUGAGGUCUUAUACUCUUAUUUGCGCGGCCAUUGCGCUGCUACAAGCCGCAGUCGAGGGCAAAGAUGUCGUUGUCGAAUCGCUGCCGACGGUGCCAACGGGCUGGAGAAAACUCAGGAACGCGGACUCGAACCAGGUUGUUAAGCUACGCAUCGCGCUUGAACAACCCAACUUGGCCGAAUUCGAGAGAACUCUUUAUGACAUAUCCACCCCCCAGCAUGCCUUAUACGGCCGUCACUUGUCGCGUGACCAGGUCAAGGAGAUGAUGAAGCCGAGGGACGAAUCUACUGCUGCCGUGCUGGAUUGGCUCAAAGAGUCUGGAAUCCCUUCGUCUAACAUCCAAAAUACCGGCGAAUGGAUUAAUUUCCGAACCACCGUGUCCAAGGCGGCAGACAUGUUGAACACCAACUUCCAAGUAUACAAUCAUGUCGGUACACAAGCUGAGCGAGUACGAACACUUCACUAUUCCGUGCCCGAGGAAGUGCGGUCUCAUAUCACCAUGAUCCAGCCGACGACAAGGUUCGGCCAGAUCCGGCCACAGGCAAUCGAAAUCCACGAGAUUAUCAUCCAGGAAGAGAUUGAGAAUUACAUCGGAAUCGCGGCAGCCAUCCCUACACAAGAGCUCGACACGGCCUUCUGUAACUCCACCAUUACUCCUGAAUGCCUGAGGGCACUGUACAACCUGGGUGACACGACCGCGGAUCCAAGCGUCCAAACAAUUCUUGGCGUCAGCGGUUUCUUGGAGGAGUACGCCAAGCAUGAUGCCUUGGAUCAGUUCCUUGAGCAAUUCGCGCCGUACGCCCUAGCUCAGAAUUUCACCACCGUUUCUGUCAAUGGUGGUUUGGAUAAACAGAAUGACACCGUCGACGAUGACGUCGAGGCCAACCUAGAUAUCCAAUACGCGAGCUCGUUGGGCUUCAACACGGAGGUCCGAUACUAUUCUAAUGGUGGCCGUGGUCCACUAAUUCCUGAUCUUGACCAACCAGACCCAGAAGAAGGACAAAAUGAACCAUACCUCGAGUACUUCACCUAUCUCCUUGAUCUGCCCGAUGAGGAGCUCCCGCAUACUCUGACUACGUCCUACGGCGAGGACGAGCAAUCAGUCCCCAAGGCGUACGUCGAGAAAGUAUGCACCAUGAUCGGGCAGCUAGGCGCUCGCGGCGUUUCUGUUCUCUUUAGUUCCGGAGACACCGGCCCUGGCAGCGCUUGCCAGACUAAUGACGGCAAGAACACCACACGGCUCCUCCCCAUCUUCCCCGCCGCCUGCCCGUACGUGACAUCGGUCGGCGGCACGGUCGGAGUCGAGCCCGAGGCCGCCGUCUCCUUCUCGUCGGGCGGGUUCUCGGACGUGUUCCCGGCCCCGGAGUACCAGAAGCCGGCCGUGUCCGCGUAUCUCGCCGGCAUAGGAAGCACCUUCGAGAACCUGUACAACCCAUCCGGACGCGGUUUCCCCGACGUCGCCGCCCAAGGGCGAAACUUUAGUGUAGUUUCCCAGGGCCGCGUCAUCAAGGUCGGCGGCACCUCGGCGUCCGCGCCCACCUUCGCCGCUAUCGUCAGUCUGCUCAACAACGCCCGCAUCAAGGCCGGCGAGAAGCCGCUGGGAUUCUUGAACCCCUGGUUGUAUAGCGUUGCAGCCGACGGCGGGCUUACGGAUAUUGUGGAUGGAGGUAGCACGGGAUGCACCGGUCGAGAUAUCUACAGCGGCCUCCCCGCCCCUUUCGUCCCCGGCGCGGGAUGGAACGCGACCGAGGGAUGGGACCCCGUUACGGGCCUCGGCACCCCGCUGUUCGAUAAACUACUAGAGAAGGCCGCGCCUGGCGUUAAGCUCUUGAGCCUCAAGGCCAAGGCUUCAGCUAAGGCUUCGGCCAAGGCUCCGUCCAAGGCUUCGGCUUAGACUGUUGCAUGCAGCCUACUUCCAAGGUUCGGAAGGAAGAAAGAACCCCCUAAAACAGAAACAAAAGCGAAAAGGUAUACUAGUUUUUUGGUUAGCCACCCACCACUGAUAGGCUUUUUGCGAACUUGGUAUAUGGUUACUUGGUGUAUGUUAUAAAGAAGUUCUUAUAUAGGUACAUUUUUGAAUACCUCCUCAUGUAUCUAUGUAGUAUGUAGUGAAAUGGUAAAAAAAAACUCAGAUUCUCAUAUACUAUUGAUCUUGUAACCAUGUCGUACGUCAUUAUAAUAAUCCCAAGACAC